UCUAAAUCCACAUCGCUGACCAACCACCACCUCUGACGAACGAUGGAUGGCGACGACACUGUAGAAUUUCACGCGAUGGGGCUAUUUGACAAGGAAACCAAGUUCGGCCUCGACCCGCGGUGGCUACGCCGCAACAACAACAACCUUGGUUACGAACACCAGCUAAAUCAAAUCAAGGACGUUCUGAAGACCCACGACACACAGCACAAUCUGUUCCCGUUGGCGUUCUACAGGCACGUGAAGCCGCCGGUGUCGCCGCCAGAAAAGUUCCGCCACCGGCCGGAAAUGGUCGCUGGAAAGAAAGUGCCGUUCACGGUCGCAAUGGCCACUCGGGGGCGCCACCGCAUGACUCGAUUGGGAGCGAUCCCAGAAGGAGAGAACAAGGACGCUUGCCGCACGUGCAAGCGCAAACCAUCCCGGCAUCCGAGAAUGAUCAGAGUCGGCAACAGCUUCAAGCUCAUUGCGUGACAUCAAGACAAGGGUCGACGAUGACACCAUCGCGACGACGACCCACACCUGGUAGUUGCAGUAUUGGUGGCAUGACACUUGAGUAGUGUAGAUCGCAUCGACGUACUACUAACGUUAGUAUUUAUUCGAGAAACACAAGUAAUUCACAGUCAAGCUGGGA